AUGACCUGCGAAGGGUGUAUUAAGUCAAUCUCCAACGCUCUGCACGCCAUCACAGGUAUCAACAAAGUCGACGCAAACCUAAAGGAUCAGCUCGUCUUCGUCGAAGGCACCGCCGCCCCUAGUGAAAUUGUCACCGCAAUCGAAGGCACCGGCCGCGACGCUAUCCUCCGCGGCAGUGGCAACACAGACAGCUCUGCCGUCUGUAUUCUCGAAACACACGCGACAACCGUCCCCAACCAGGUUCGCGGCCUCGCGCGCAUGGUCCAAGUCUCGUCCAACAUGACACUCGUCGACUUGACUAUCAACGGCCUCGCUCCGGGCCAGUACUCCGCGACAGUGCGCGAAGCGGGCGAUAUUUCCCGUGGCGCUGAGUCUACUGGCGGUAUCUGGGAAGCUCUGAAGGACAAGCUUACUGGCACUGACAGCGGAAAGGCGCGUGGUCUUUUUGGCACUGUGGAUGUCGGUGAGAACGGUCGUGGUAGUGUUUUCAUGCAGCAGCCUGUUGCGAUCUGGGAGAUGAUUGGGCGUAGUAUGGUCUUGUCGAAGGGUACUGAGGGUCCUUUCCGGCGUGAGGAUGAAAAUACCCUUGUUGGUGUUAUUGCGCGCAGUGCGGGAGUCUGGGAUAACGAUAAGAUGGUUUGUUCGUGUUCGGGUAAGAAUGUCUGGCAGGAGCGCCAGGAGCAGGUUGGUAGGGGCAUGGCUUGA